AUGUCGACAUCUUCCUCCUCCCCUUCUACAACCUCAGUUGACAUGGGAGUAUACACACCCCCAGCUGAGGCUGAGGAGCUCCCCAAAUUCAAGGCCAUCUACUUCAGCAACGAAUUCCCCACAGACGACCUAUCAAUUCUUCUUCGUCGGCUACACAACCACAGCAAACAACGUAGUCAUGCCGUCUUGGCUCGCUUUUUGAAUGAAGCGACAAGGGUACUGCGGAAUGAGGUCAGCCAGUUACGCACUGAGCUCGCUGAGCUUGUUCCUUCCUUCGAGUCCGUGACAGCCCUAGCGGGUGAGACGGAGCUACGUAAAGGAAGGCUUUCCCAGUCCAUUAAUGGAGUGUUGCUUUGUGUCCUACAGCUAGGGACGUACAUUGGACACUGCGAACUAUAUCCAGAAGACCAGGCAAGUAGACCAAACACAGUACUGACUGGCCUUGGGGUGGGAAUUCUCGUCUCGACAGCUGUUGCAGUCUCCACAUCUUUGGAUGACUUGGUCAUCGCAGGUAUUGAAGUCCUGCAGAUCGCCUUUCGUCUUGGUGUGUUUGUGGGCGAUGUUUCACAGAACCUAGAAGGAGUGGAGACAGCGCCCUCCGAUUCAUGGGCAUAUGUCGUGUACGGAUUGACUGUGGAUGAAGCCCAGAAAGAGCUGGAUGACAUUCAAGCGAAGGAAAACACCCCAUCAGCCAGUAGGAUAUUUGUCAGUGCCGUUAGUGAGACCUCUGUCACUGUCAGCGGUCCCCCAUCCAGACUCAAAGCCCUCUUUCGCAAUUAUGCCUCCUUUAGAGAUCGCAAAUUCGCGCAAUUGCCGGUAUAUGGAGGGUUGUGCCAUGCCCCUCAUAUCUACACCUCUCAAGAUGCCCAGGCUGUGCUCCCAUUUCCCUCUUUGUCCCCACGCUUCAAGCCAAUCGUCCCUGUCAUGUCUAGCAGCUCAGGCGAGCCAUUUGUUGCCUCGACUGCUGCAGACCUGUUUGAGCAGGUAACCUCCGAGCUCAUGACCAAGCAAAUUAAAUGGGAUAAUGUCACUCGGGGUGUGGUGGAGAAGGUGGAGAAGAGUUAUGUGCGCGAUGUGAACAUCAAGGUGUUUCGUCAUUCACUCGCCGCCCAACUGAUAUCGACUGCGUUGACUUCCACUAUCACUGAUCUGCCCGUCGAAACAGAUGAUCUCCUAGCAUGGCUCACUACUGAUAUAAACCACGAGAAGUACGCACCCGGAAGCUCUAUGCAGUCAAAGAUCGCUAUCGUCGGCAUGUCGUGUCGUAUGCCAGGCGGUGCAACCGACACAGACAAGUUCUGGGAUCUUCUAGAGACUGGACUAGAUGUUCAUCGAAAGAUCCCCGCUGAUAGGUUUGAUGUUGACACGCAUCAUGAUAUUACGGGAAAGAGGGUGAACACCACACACACGGCGUAUGGAUGUUUCAUCGAUGAACCGGGCUUGUUGGAUGCGCCAUUCUUUAAUAUGUCGCCCCGUGAGGCUGAACAAACGGAUCCCAUGCAGCGCUUGGCUAUUGUUACGGCAUACGAAGCCUUGGAGCGAGCAGGGUACGUAGCCAACCGCACGCCUGCUACCAAUCUAAACCGUAUUGGAACCUGGUAUGGUCAGGCCAGUGACGACUAUCGUGAGGUCAACACUGGCCAAGAGGUCAGCACUUACUACAUCCCCGGUGGAUGUCGUGCCUUUGGUCCCGGGCGGAUUAACUACUUUUUCAAAUUUGCUGGACCCAGCUUCAACUGUGAUACGGCCUGCUCGUCCAGUUUGGCUGCUAUCCAAGCGGCUUGUACUGCACUUUGGGCCGGUGACGUUGACAUGGUCGUAGCAGGAGGUCUCAAUGUGCUGACAAACUCUGAUACCUUCUCUGGUCUCUGCAAUGGCCAUUUCCUGACAAAGACUCCCAACGCCUGCAAGACAUGGGACUCCACAGCUGAUGGGUACUGCCGUGCAGAUGGUGUCGGGUCGAUUGUGAUGAAGCGACUCGAUGAUGCAUUAGCAGAUAACGAUAAUAUUCUUGGGGUUAUCCCAGCAGCAGCUACCAACCACUCUGCCAAUGCUGUUUCUAUCACGCACCCACACGCUGGCCACCAAUCCGACCUGUACAAGCAGGUAAUGGCGCGGGCAGGGAUUGAUCCACUUGAUGUUAGCUACGUUGAAUUCCACGGCACUGGUACUCAAGCCGGCGAUAGAGAAGAGAUGGAGUCCAUCACAGAUGUAUUUGCCCCCUCAAAGGGUAAGAGGCGUACCUCCAAUCAGCCACUCCAUAUUGGUGCUGUGAAGGCAAAUGUCGGCCAUGGAGAGGCUGCCGCCGGUGUGACCGCAAUGAUCAAGGUGCUGCUCAUGCUGCAAAAGGGUGCGAUUCCCCCCCAUGUCGGAAUCAAAACAGACAUCAACCCUGGCUUCCCUAAGGAUAUGGACAAGCGCAACCUACACAUUCCUUUCAAUGCCACACAGUGGUCGCGCGCACCGGGCAAGAAGCGCAUUGCGGUAGUCAACAACUUCAGUGCUGCUGGUGGUAACACUACCCUUGUACUAGAGGAAGGACCCGUGCGAGAGAAGGUAGGAUCGGAUCCUCGCCCUAGCCAUGUGUUUACUAUCUCUGCGAAGAGUAAAGUUUCACUCAAGGGAAACAUUCAACGGUUGAUCAGGUACUUGGAGAAGAACGGCGAGGUCACGAUGGCUGAUCUGGCGUACUCGCUUACAGCGAGACGCUGCCACCACAAUCACCGCGUGGCAAUCAGCGCAGCAGAUGUCGCCCAUUCCCCCAUCGGACCACCCCCAGUUGCCUUCGUCUUCACUGGUCAAGGAGCCGCCGAAAAAUCGAUGAAUCUGCAGCUGUACCAUCACUCGCCGUUCUUCCGUGCCCAGCUUGAAUCUCUGGACCGUCUAGGUCAACAGCACGGCUUCCCAUCGUUCAUCCCUGCUAUUGACGGGAGCUUCCCGAAAGACCACGCAUGGUCCCCGGUUAUUACACAAGUUGCUCAUACCAGUGUGGAGAUCGCGUUGGCCAAAUAUUUUGAGACCCUAGGCAUUAAGCCAGAGGUCGUCGCUGGACAUAGCCUAGGAGAGUAUGCGGCGUUUGUCAUUGCCGGUGUCCUCUCAGCUAGUGAUGCGAUUUUCCUGGUUGGUUCACGUGCCCAGAUGCUCCAGUCACUUUGCACCGCUGGAACGCACAGGAUGAUGGCUGUGAAGGCAUCAAAAUCGGAGAUUGCGGAUGCUGUGAAGGAGCUCCCUUACGAUCUUGCCUGUGUUAAUGGGCCUAAAGAGACUGUUCUCUGCGGUACGACAGAGCAGAUGGAAGCCGUGUCCACCCCUCUCAAGGAGAAAGGUUAUAGAGUUAUAUUCCUUGACGUUCCAUUUGCCUUCCACUCUACCCAGACAGAUCCUAUCUUAGAUCUCUUCGAGGAGACCGCGAGAAAGAGCGUUGUUUUCCGUCCCCCCAUGCUGCCUAUUGUAUCACCCUUACUUGGCAAGGUUGUUUUCGAUGAGAAGUCGCUGAAUGCCCAGUAUCUACGCCAAGCGACGCGUGGAACAGUUGACUUCCUAUCUGCUAUGCAAAACGCGCAGGAGACAUCGAUCGUGGACAAGGAUACAGUUUGGGCUGAGAUUGGUCCUCAUCCGGUUUGUGUUGCGUUUGUCAAGGCCAGUUUCGAUCCUGCUCCUCUUACGGUGGGCUCUUUCCGUCGGGGUGAGGACAACUGGACGACACUCGCCCAGAGCUUGGGGCAGCUUCACACUGCUGGAGUUCAGGUACGAUGGAGCGAGUUCCACAAACCGUUCGAGGGUUCUCUACGUCUCUUGGACCUGCCCACAUACAGCUGGAACGAGAAGAAACACUGGAUUCAGUACAGCGGCGAUUGGGCCCUGACAAAAGGAAAUACCUUCUACGAUGCAGAAAAGGGAAUCAAUCGCCAAGCUGUUACCGCACAGGUGUCAAGCCUCAAGACUACGACUGUUCAGCAAAUUAUUGAGGAGAAGUUCGAGGGAUCGACUGGCAAGGUCGUCAUGCAGUCUGAUCUGAUGCAGCCCGACCUCCUAGCUGCUGCACAUGGGCAUAAAAUGAACGACUGCGGUGUUAUCACAUCGUCCAUUCAUGGCGACAUUGUCUAUACAUUGGGCAAAUACCUAUACAAGAAACUUAUUCCCAGUGCAACAACUGUGGAUAUGAAUAUCACCGACUUGGAAGUCACGAAGGGACUUGUAGCUCAAAGGAACACCAAGGUGCCACAGUACUUCCGCGUUACAGCUACUACAGCCGAUAUCAACGCCGCUGGUGCCGACUUAAUAUGGCAGAAUGUUGCCAACGACGGCACAGUCUCUGAGCCAUUUGCCACCUGUCGUGUCGUCUACGGAUCUGCUGACACAUGGCUAUCGUCGUGGAGUCCACUGGCCCACCUCGUGCAGGGCCGCAUCGAGACCCUGGAACGUCUCGCAGCCGAAGGAAUCGCCAACCGCUUCUCGCACAAGAUGGCGUAUACUCUCUUCAGUAGCAGCCUCGUGGAUUACGCCGACAAAUAUCGUGGCAUGCAGGCCGUCGUGAUGAACGAGUUUGAAGCCUUCGCCGAUGUCACCCUCAAAGACGUCCAGGGCGGAGGUGAUUACGACGUACCCCCUUAUUUCAUCGACAGCGUCAUCCAUUUGGCUGGCUUCAUCAUGAACGUGUCUGAUGCCAGCGACACCGCAAAAACAUUCUGUGUGACCCCUGGAUGGGAUAGUAUGCGCUUUGCUCGCCCUCUGGUCUCGGGGCAAAAGUACAGGUCCUAUGUCAAGAUGAUCCCAACAGAGGCCGACCCAUCUGUGUACCUUGGGGAUGUCUAUGUGUUCCAGGACGGUGUGAUUAUGGGAAUGGUUGGAGGCAUACAGUUCCGCCGCUACCCACGCAUUCUGAUGAACCGUUUCUUUGCUGCGCCGGACUCCUCGGUCGCCAUGUCUUAUGCUGCCGCUAGUUCUUCUAGUCCUGCUGUGCCCGCACCAGCCCCUGCUCCAGCUGUAUCUCAACCUAAGCUUACAGUGCCCGACCCUGCCCCUGCACCAACUCAGGCGCCCACGCCAGCUGCCCCCGCUGCAGUUGACUCGGACAGCACAUCUGGCAAAGCCUUUGUCCUGAUUGCCAAAGAGGCCGGCCUCGACCUCUCUGAUCUCGCUGAUGACGCUGCAUUUGCCAAUAUUGGAGUGGAUAGUUUGAUGAGUUUGGUGAUUGCAGAGAAGUUCCGCGAGGAACUGGGCAUUGUUGUUGCGGGAAGUUUCUUCUUAGAGUAUCCCACAGUCGGUACUUUGAGGACAUGGUUGGAAGAGUAUUACAGUUAG